AUCGCCCGCCUCGGGGGUCGCGGCGCCCCGCGCCUCCAGCCCGGACCACCCCGCUGCCGGCCACGUCCAUGCCAAGGGCGCACCCCUCAGCGCUGACAUGGCUGAGAGCACCCCGCCAGCCUCCUCCUCGGCAGCAGCUCCAGCCCCUGAGCUGGGAAUAACUGCACAGCCAGGGCCCCAGAGCCCCCCGCCGUCCCCUCCCGGCCUGGAGGAGCCCCUGGAUGGAGCCGAUCCUGAAGUCCCCCACCCGGACCUGGCGCCAGUGGCCUUCUUCUGCCUGCGACAGACCACCAGUCCCCGGAACUGGUGCAUCAAGAUGGUGUGCAACCCGUGGUUCGAGUGCGUGAGCAUGCUGGUGAUCCUGCUCAACUGCGUGACCCUCGGCAUGUACCAGCCCUGCGACGACAUGGACUGCCUGUCGGACCGCUGCAAGAUCCUGCAGGUCUUUGAUGACUUCAUCUUCAUCUUCUUCGCCAUGGAGAUGGUGCUCAAGAUGGUGGCCCUGGGCAUUUUCGGCAAGAAGUGCUACCUCGGGGACACCUGGAACCGCCUGGAUUUCUUCAUCGUCAUGGCAGGGAUGGUCGAGUACUCGCUGGACCUUCAGAACAUCAACCUGUCGGCCAUCCGCACCGUGCGUGUCCUCCGGCCCCUCAAAGCCAUCAACCGCGUGCCAAGCAUGCGGAUCCUGGUGAACCUGCUGCUGGACACGCUGCCCAUGCUGGGGAACGUCCUCCUGCUCUGCUUCUUCGUCUUCUUCAUCUUCGGCAUCAUCGGGGUGCAGCUGUGGGCGGGGCUGCUGCGCAACCGCUGCUUCCUGCAGGAGAACUUCACCAUACAAGGGGACGUGGCCCUGCCCCCCUACUACCAGCCAGAGGAAGACGACGAGAUGCCCUUCAUCUGCUCCCUGUCGGGGGACAAUGGCAUCAUGGGCUGCCACGAGAUCCCCCCGCUCAAGGAGCAGGGUCGCGAGUGCUGCCUGUCCAAGGACGACGUCUACGACUUCGGGGCGGGGCGCCCGGACCUCAACGCCAGCGGGCUCUGCGUCAACUGGAACCGCUACUACAACGUGUGCCGCACGGGCAGCGCCAACCCCCACAAGGGCGCCAUCAACUUCGACAACAUCGGUUACGCCUGGAUCGUCAUCUUCCAGGUGAUCACCCUGGAAGGCUGGGUGGAGAUCAUGUACUACGUGAUGGAUGCCCACUCCUUCUACAACUUCAUCUACUUUAUUCUGCUGAUCAUAGUGGGCUCCUUCUUCAUGAUCAACCUGUGCCUCGUUGUCAUAGCGACCCAGUUCUCGGAGACCAAGCAGCGGGAGCACCGGCUGAUGCUGGAGCAGCGGCAGCGCUACCUGUCCUCCAGCACGGUGGCCAGCUACGCCGAGCCCGGCGACUGCUACGAGGAGAUCUUCCAGUACGUCUGCCACAUCCUGCGCAAGGCCAAGCGUCGCACCCUGGGCCUCUACCAGGCCCUGCAGAGCCGGCGCCAGGCCCUGGGCCCAGGGGCACCUGCCCCUGCCAGGCCCGGGCCCCACGCCAAGGACCCCAGGCACUGCAAGCUGUGCCCGAGACACAGCGCCCUGGACCCCACGCCCCACACGCUGGUGCAGCCCAUCUCUGCCAUGCUGGCCUCCGACCCCACCAGCUGCCCGCACUGCCAGCACCAGGCGGGCCGGCGGUCCUCGGGUCCCGGCAGCACCGACUCGGGCCAGGAGGGCUCGGGCUCCGGUGGCUCCGGUGGCUCCGGUGGCGGCGAGGCUGAAGCUGAUGGGGACGGGCCCCGGAGCAGCGAGGACGGGGGCUCCUCGGGCCUAGGCAAAGAGGACGAGGAGGAGCAGGUGGGGGCAGUCCGGCUGUGUGGGGACGUGUGGCGGGAGACGCGGGCCAAGCUGCGGGGCAUCGUGGACAGCAAGUACUUCAACCGGGGCAUCAUGAUGGCCAUCCUGGUCAACACCGUCAGCAUGGGCAUCGAGCACCAUGAGCAGCCUGAGGAGCUGACCAACAUCUUGGAGAUCUGCAACGUGGUCUUCACCAGCAUGUUCGCCCUGGAGAUGAUCCUGAAGCUGGCCGCCUUCGGGCUCUUUGAUUACCUGCGGAACCCCUACAACAUCUUCGACAGCAUCAUCGUCAUCAUCAGCAUCUGGGAGAUCGUGGGGCAGGCAGACGGCGGGCUGUCAGUGCUGCGCACCUUCCGGCUGCUGCGGGUGCUGAAGCUGGUGCGCUUUAUGCCCGCGCUGCGGCGGCAGCUCGUGGUGCUCAUGAAGACCAUGGACAACGUGGCCACCUUCUGCAUGCUGCUCAUGCUCUUCAUCUUCAUCUUCAGCAUCCUCGGGAUGCACAUCUUUGGCUGCAAAUUCAGCCUCCGCACGGAUACGGGAGACACGGUUCCUGACAGGAAGAACUUUGACUCCCUGCUCUGGGCCAUUGUCACAGUGUUCCAGAUCCUCACCCAGGAGGACUGGAACGUCGUCCUCUACAACGGCAUGGCCUCCACCUCCCCCUGGGCCUCCCUUUACUUUGUCGCUCUCAUGACCUUCGGCAACUAUGUCCUCUUCAACUUGCUGGUGGCCAUCCUGGUGGAGGGUUUCCAGGCCGAGGGGGACGCCAACCGCUCCUACUCCGAUGAGGACCAGAGCUCAUCCAACAUGGAAGAGUAUGACAAGUUCCAGGAGGCCCUGGACAGCAGCGGAGAUCCCAAGCUCUGCCCAAUCCCCUUGACCCCCAAUGGGCACCUGGACCCUAGUCUCCCACUGGGCGGACACCUGGGUCCUGCUGGGGCUGUGGGCCCUGCGUCCCGCCUCUCGCUGCAGCCAGACCCCAUGCUGGUGGCCCUGGACUCCCGCAAGAGCAGCGUCAUGUCCCUGGGGCGGAUGAGCUAUGAUCAGCGCUCCCUGUCCAGCACCCGGAGCUCCUACUAUGGACCUUGGGGCCGCAGCGGGGCCUGGGCCAGCCGUCGCUCCAGCUGGAACAGCCUCAAGCACAAGCCGCCCUCGGCUGAGCACGAGUCCCUGCUCUCGGCGGAGCGCAGCGGCGCUCGGGCCUGCGAGGGCGCCCGGGAGGAAGCGCCUCCGCGCGCUGCGCCGCUGCAUGCCCCACACGCCCACCACGUGCACCAUGGGCCCCAUCUGGCGCACCGUCAUCGCCACCACCGCCGGACGCUGUCCCUCGACACCCGGGACUCGGUGGACCUGACAGAGCUCGUGCCCGCCAUGGGCGUCCACCCCAGGGCCGCCUGGAGGGCGGCGGGCAUGGCCCCCGGGCACGAGGACUGCAACGGUAGGAUGCCCAAUAUCGCUAAGGACGUCUUCACCAAGAUGGACGACCGCCGGGAUCGCGGGGAGGACGAGGAGGAGAUCGACUACACUCUGUGUUUCCGCGUCCGCAAGAUGAUGGAUGUCUACAAGCCUGACUGGUGCGAGGUCCGCGAGGACUGGUCGGUCUACCUCUUCUCCCCGGAGAACAGGUUCCGGGUCCUGUGUCAGACCAUCAUCGCCCACAAGCUCUUUGACUAUGUGGUCCUGGCCUUCAUCUUCCUUAACUGCAUCACCAUCGCCCUGGAGAGGCCCCAGAUAGAGGCCGGCAGCACUGAACGCAUCUUCCUCACGGUGUCCAACUACAUCUUCACGGCCAUCUUCGUGGGCGAAAUGACACUGAAGGUGGUCUCGCUGGGCCUGUACUUCGGGGAGCAGGCGUAUCUGCGCAGCAGCUGGAACGUGCUGGACGGCUUUCUCGUCUUCGUGUCCAUCAUCGACAUCGUGGUGUCCUUGGCCUCGGCUGGGGGAGCCAAGAUCUUGGGGGUCCUCCGAGUCCUGCGGCUCCUGCGCACCCUACGCCCUCUGCGGGUCAUCAGCCGGGCCCCAGGCCUGAAGCUGGUGGUGGAGACGCUCAUCUCCUCCCUCAAGCCCAUUGGGAACAUCGUCCUGAUCUGCUGUGCCUUCUUCAUCAUCUUUGGCAUCUUGGGGGUGCAGCUCUUCAAGGGCAAGUUCUACCACUGCCUGGGUGUGGACACCCGCAACAUCACCAACCGCUCUGACUGCAUGGCUGCCAACUACCGCUGGGUCCAUCACAAGUACAACUUCGAUAACCUGGGCCAGGCUCUGAUGUCCCUCUUUGUCCUGGCCUCCAAGGACGGCUGGGUGAACAUCAUGUACAACGGACUGGAUGCUGUGGCUGUGGACCAGCAGCCUGUGACCAACCACAACCCCUGGAUGCUGCUGUACUUCAUCUCCUUCCUGCUCAUCGUCAGCUUCUUCGUGCUCAACAUGUUCGUGGGCGUGGUGGUGGAGAACUUCCACAAGUGCCGGCAGCACCAGGAGGCGGAGGAGGCGCGGCGGCGCGAGGAGAAGCGGCUGCGGCGCCUGGAGAAGAAGCGGCGCAAGGCCCAGAGGUUGCCCUACUACGCCACCUACUGUCACACGCGGCUGCUCAUCCACUCCAUGUGCACCAGCCACUACCUGGACAUCUUCAUCACCUUCAUCAUCUGCCUCAACGUGGUCACCAUGUCCCUGGAGCACUACAACCAGCCCACGUCCCUGGAGACAGCCCUCAAGUACUGCAACUACAUGUUUACCACGGUCUUUGUGCUGGAGGCUGUGCUGAAGCUGGUGGCAUUUGGCCUGAGACGCUUCUUCAAGGACCGGUGGAACCAGCUGGACCUGGCCAUCGUGCUGCUGUCCGUCAUGGGCAUCACACUGGAGGAGAUUGAGAUCAACGCUGCCCUGCCCAUCAACCCCACCAUCAUCCGCAUCAUGCGGGUUCUGCGCAUUGCCCGGGUGCUGAAGCUGUUGAAGAUGGCCACGGGGAUGCGGGCCCUGCUGGACACCGUGGUGCAGGCUCUGCCCCAGGUGGGCAACCUGGGCCUCCUCUUUAUGCUGCUCUUCUUCAUCUACGCCGCCCUGGGGGUGGAGCUCUUUGGGAAGCUGGUCUGCAAUGACGAGAACCCUUGCGAGGGCAUGAGCCGGCACGCCACCUUUGAGAACUUCGGCAUGGCCUUCCUCACACUCUUCCAGGUCUCCACGGGCGACAACUGGAACGGGAUCAUGAAGGACACGCUGCGGGACUGCACGCAGGAGGAGCACAGCUGCCUGAGCAGCCUGCAGUUCGUGUCGCCGCUGUACUUCGUCAGCUUCGUGCUCACCGCGCAGUUCGUGCUCAUCAACGUGGUGGUGGCCGUGCUCAUGAAACACCUGGACGACAGCAACAAGGAGGCGCAGGAGGACGCUGAGAUGGACGCCGAGAUUGAGCUGGAGAUGGCACAUGGCCUGGGCCCCAGCCCGCGGCCGCCCCCCAGCUCCCCGGGGGCCCCAGGCCGAGGGCCAGGGGGGGCGGGCUGCGGGGGUGACGCCGAGGGCCACCUGUGCCGGCGCUGCUACUCCCCAGCCCAGGAGAACCUGUGGCUGGACAGCGUCUCUUUAAUCAUCAAGGACUCCUUGGAGGGGGAGCUGACCAUCAUCGACAACCUGUCCGGCUCCAUCUUCCACCACUACGCCUCGCCUGCCGGCUGCGAGAAGUGUCACCAUGACCAACAGGAGGUGCAGCUGGCCGAGACGGAGGCCUUCUCCCUGAACUCGGACAGGUCCUCGUCCAUCCUGCUAGGUGACGACCUGAGCCUCGAGGACCCCGCGGCCUGCCCGCCUGGCCCCAAAGACAGCAAGGGUGAGCUGGGCCCGCCUGAGCCCACACGGGUGGGGGACCUGGGCGAGUGCUUCUUCCCCUUGUCCAACAUGGCCAUGUCCACGGGUGCAGAGAACUUCCUGUGUGAGAUGGAGGCAAUCCCCUUCAACCCUGUUCGGUCCUGGCUAAAACACGAGAGCAGCCAAGCGCCCCCAACCCCCUAUUCCCCAGAUGCCUCCAGCCCACUGCUGACCAUGCCUGCCGAGUUCUUCCACCCGGCUGUGUCUGCCAGCCAGAAAGCGCAGGAUAAGGGCGCUGGCGCUGGGACCCUCCCCAAGAUCGCCCUGCAGGGCUCCUGGGCAUCCCUGCGGUCACCGAGUGUCAACUGCACGCUCCUCCGGCAGGCCACCGUGAGUGACACGUCGCUGGACGCCAGCCCCAGCAGCUCGGCGGGCAGCCUGCAGACCACGCUGGAGGACAGCCUGACCCUGAGCGACAGUCCCCGGCGCGCCCUGGGGCCGCCCGUUCCGGCCGCCGGGCCGCGGGCUGGCCUGUCGCCGGCCACGCGCCGCCGGCUGAGCCUGCGGGGCCGCGGCCUGUUCAGCCUGCGCGGGCUGCGCGCGCACCAGCGCAGCCACAGCAGCGGCGGCUCCACCAGCCCGGGCUGCACCCUGCACGACUCCAUGGACCCGUCGGACGAGGAGGGCCGCGGCGGCGCGGGCGGCGGCGGCGCGGGCAGCGAGCACUCGGAGACGCUCAGCAGCCUGUCGCUCACGUCGCUCUUCUGCCCGCCGCCCGCGCCGCCGCCGCCCGGCCUCACGCCCGCGCGCAAGUUCAGCAGCACCAGCAGCCUGGCCGCGCGCCCCGCGCCCCGCGCCGCGCUCGCCCGCGGCCUGGCGCGCAGCCCCUCGUGGGCCGCGGACCGCAGCAAGGACCCGCCGCGCCGGGCGCAGCCCGCCCUGGGCCUCGGCCCCGCGGCGCCCGAACCGCAGCCGCCGCCCGGGGAUCUGGAGGCGGCGGACGCCGCGAGCAAGAGGAAGAGAUGAGGGCCACAGGGACCGCGCCGGACGCCACUGUCGCCCGCCCGCCCCGUCUCACCUUCUUUUACCUCAGGAGCCAGGGAGCAGACAGCAAUACUCGGUCCCCACCCCGGAGCGGGGCCGCCCGGGCCCUGGCGCCCGGGAUUGAGGAGGGUCGGCCAGCGGGGCUCGCGCGGCCCGGCCCCUCCGGCGCAUAGACGCAUCUGUACGCAGCAUAGAUCCACGUAGACAGACGCAUAUAUUUAUUUUUUCUACUGAGAGCUUAUGACUUCUAGAAAGUGCUAGAGUUGGGGGCAAGGCCGGGCCCUGUGCUUAGGGCCAGGCCGCCCAGGGUGGAUGGCCCUGCCCGGGUGGGGCAGCCGCAGUUUGGGUGGCUCCCGGGUUGGGAGCAGCUGGAGGGAUUCUCAGGGCUCAGAGGCCCGCAGGCCCGGAAGAGGUGCAAUUCAGGGUGCACUUUUUUUUCCCUUUAAAGAAGAGACGCUGCUAAGAUCUCCCCUCCACCCAAGUGUCGGGGUGUCUGUCUUGUCCUCUGACUGUCUUGUUGUUGUGAAGUCCUUUGUAGACACCUCAGAGCACACAAACUCCCUUAGUCAACCGGUUAGAUGUUUUCUUAGGAAAUCAGGGGCGAGUAGUCCUAUUUUCUAAGGGCAGGGGUUAGGGAGAGGGCAGCUCCAAGGCUGGCAGGGGGCCCUAGUGCCAAAUGAAGUCCUGACCUCUGAGCACUCUGGGGGGUGGGUUUCUGCCCCCUGGAAGGCCAUGAGCUGGGAUAGCUGCUUAUAUAGGAUAGAGGACACAUGAAGGGGCACUGAGCAGAUUUCAAGGGUCAAGGGUACCCCCUGGUCCAUGCAGGUGCCCCUGGACUCAGCAGUCAGUUGUGUGGGACUUACUGGGUUGUGCUCACCCCCCACAGCAGCUCUCCUUCCCUAGUGGAGUUCAGGGUACAGCAGGUCCCACGGGGUUCUAAGCAGGGAGCCACCUGCCCAGGCCUAGGGACCAGCCCCCUCCCUCCCCUCAGCUCCUUCACCCUGGAGACCCAGGUCCUCCGACCCCCUGAUGGCCCAUCCCUGGGUCUCUGUCUCACUGUCCCUAAGGUCAGGUCUCUCUGUAGGAGUGCUUUUCAAACAGGUUCUGGACGGGUGUUUUUAUUUAGAUAGUUAUGCAUUUUUCCAUAUUUAUUAGAAAAAAACAUAACGUGUUGAACCUGUGAUUUCACAGGCAUAGUGCUUAGGUCAAGGCUGAGUUCUAAAAAGCAAGUCGAUCUAAAGUCAGUUUAAGGAAGGAGCUUGGAAUGCGUUGGCAGUGGUGUCUGCAGAUUUAGCAGAAAUGCAGCAGGGUUGGCAAAUGCCAUGCUUUGGCUGUUGGGGGCCUUGGCCUCUGCUGACGCCUGCCCAGCUGUAGGGGAUGUCCUUGCUCCCAAACCCUGACUUCAAAGACCUUGGCUUCCAGAGGGCUGUGUGGACAGGCUCUGGGGGAAUUCUAGGCUGCCCCGGGGACCCUUGGGGCCUGGGUGCUAUAGCAGAGUGGAGAGGAGGUGGGUGAUGGGCUUCACUGCCUGGAGGCCCUUCUCAGAGCUGAGGGGUGGGGGGGGAAGUGUCCUCAGGCCCACUGUGCACCUGAGGAGACCCAGGCCCAGAGGGGAAGUGGCCCUGGGGUCCUGCAGGGCCUGGCAGCAAAGAAGCUGGGGUACCUGUGAAAGCCAGUGGAGGGCCAGGACCUCACACCUGGACAGUGUAAAAGCAUCCCAGAUCUUAAAGGUGGGCGAUUUGGGGCGUCCAGCCUGGCGUAGGGCUGGUGUGCCCGUCACCUUCACAGGGACAAGUUCCGACACUGUCCGUCAGCCUCUGUUUUUCUGGGCCCAGCCUCUGCCAUCUUGUUUAAUCUGCAGGGCGGCCCUGUGGGGGGUGGGGGUGCUGCUCCAAGCGGACUUUCCAGUGUCACUUGGUCCUCAGUGGCCGGCAGGGAUUACGUCCCUUCACCCUGAACUGUGUGACCCUGCAAUAAGCAGGCACGUGAGGAGGACAUUAUAGGCAAAGUCCAGGCCCAGCCGAGCAGGGCACGCGAGAAGGUGGGAACAGCUGGACCUGGAGGCAGAGAAGCUGGGCCCCUGCGGCCGGCUCCGGCAAAGUGCCGAAUGCCGAUUCCAGGCAUUUGCCCUUGUUCCCGUGGGUGUCAGGGACCAGGAAGCCGAGAGGCACCAGCCUGAACGCUGAGAUGAAUGUGGGUUGGGCAAACGGUCCCUCCUCCCCCUCCAACUCUGUGACCUGGGCUGUGUCCAUCACAAAAGCACAAACUUACCCUAAUCCACUUGGGCCUGGCUGUGGGGAGGAUGGGGUUCCCGCGCCAACUCCCCUAAAGCUGUUUGUUUGCCAGGCUCUGUGGAGUGGAGACUGGUGGGCACCUUGGCAUCUGCAGAGAGGGCCUCGGGACAAGACGGGCCGCGGCCUGCCCCUGGCCACGCUCCCUCCUUUCCCUGCAAUGUCCUCUGCCCCAGGCAGCCUGUUGAAGGAGGACAAAGCGCACAGUAUCAGCCUGUCUGCCUGUCCCUGUCCCUCCCUGGGAGCCUGCCGCUCCAGCCCCCUUUGCUGCGCUGUGUAAGGGCUUGGGGUCUUAGAAGCCACUGUUUAGCCCAUACACACAUAAAUAUUUCUGUCUUUGUGCAAUAAUCAAUGUUUCUGGCAGAGCCAGAGCCAAGCUGGGGCCUGCGGAGGAGGCAGAGGUCACUCCUCCAGGAAGCCCUCGGCUGGCUCGGCCGCUGUGGCUGCAGCACACCCCCACCCCAUCACUGUACAGUUUCUAUGGUGUGAAUGAACUUCCCUCCUAGUUGCUGACGGCGCUGGUCCCUGCGGGCCCGGAUGGCCCAGGCGUAGAGAGACCAAGCGGCCACCCCACCAGUGUUGUUUUGAAUAAAACCCAGAUACCUAUUUAGGACUUUC